AUGAAGGGAGUAUUAUUUGUCUUUUUAUUGCAGUUUGUGCUUGACUAUCCAAAUGAGCUGAUCACAUCUGUGGAAGGGACUAUUAGUACUGAUAGCUGGGCGGAUAUUCUGUCGUUGACAAUCAAAACAUCAAAAGGUAGAACCAUUUCGUUUGGUAGAAAGUCUAAUGAUGUUUCCAAAUUUGUACUUGAGAAGAAAGGUAAUGCUAUUGUUGGGUUCUAUGGAUGGACUCAAUAUUAUAGCCUUAAAGCUCUUGGAGCAUAUUAUCGUCCAUUUCCUACUCCUCCAGAUGAAAAUUUACUAGAAGCAAAGGGUGGAGAUGGAGGAGCUUCUUGGGACGAUGGUGGUAGUUUUGAUGGUGUUAGAAGGAUAUACAUUGGACUUAGCCAGAACUCUGUUUCCUUCAUCAAGUUUAUUUACUACAAAAGUUACCAACUGGUCUUCGGAGAGGAUCAUGGGAACAAGACCAAAAUUGGACUCCAAGAGUUUGAGCUGAAUUAUCCAAGUGAAUAUAUCACAACAGUGGAGGGUACUUAUGAUACUAAAUCCGGAGUUAUCACCAUGCUUAGGUUCAAGACCAAUAAACAAACCUCUCCACCUUUUGGACUCGUUACAACAUCUGGCUUCAUACUCCAAAAGGCUGAUCACAAGAUCGUUGGUUUCCAUCAUUCCAUGGCAAAUCCAGCAACAUGCUUCAUCAAAUCGGAGUCCACCUAAGUUUGAUCAUCUGAUUCAUCUAUGUUUUACUCCACCAAACGUUUGUCUCCUAUAUGUUUGUUUGUUUAAGAGACAAUCCAAUGUAAUAAGACAAGUUUUUAUUUCUUCUAAGAAUAAGUCAGUCAUCUCAGCA